CUAUUAGCAGCAUUGCCAGCAAUGCACAGCUACUGCAUGUGGGGCGCUAGAACUCAAAAGCUGCACAUAGGAGCUCACAACAAGAAGGCAGCUCGCUAGAUAAGUAUCAGAGGGGUCACGAUGCCGGCAGCUAGACAGCUGAUGAGAGAGCCUUCCUCCAGCGCUUUGUCCUGUACUGUCCAGGGACUAGCACCUUUUCAACAAGCAGCAAAUGAUGGAGUGUGCAGAGGGAUCCGGAUGUCUUGUGAGAGUUUGCAGUUCAUAAGAUUAAUUGAACAGCAGGCAGUACAGCUAACAUUUUCUCAUAACAUUACUUUUUCCCAAGUUCCUCUGCUAUCUCAAUCAAAGAAGCAACGUAAAAACCGAUGCAACCGCAAGGUAUCUUGCGCGAUGCCGCCAACAGGCCAUCAAAAAGGUAUCAACGAUGAUUGCUGGCAGGGCAGGGCUGAAAGAUCCUGUAGCAACCAGGGUGGUAAAGCGCGAAAGCGCAUGAUAAGCGCUCCAGUCUUAGGGCGACUACAGGAAAAUGCAGAGUUCAGCCGGCUUGCAAAUGGGGCGAAGGAAAAGAAGGAAAGCAAGCCGAGAGAGACAGGAGUCGAGAUUGAUCUGGAUGAGUUGAUGGGACAAGAUCUCGAUCGGGGCACAAUCGGGUCUGGUUGGCUCCCUCCCCCUCCAGAGAUAGCCCGACCACGUGCGCAGUUCAACGCAGGGACAAUGGCUUACCUGGGUGAUGGGGUUUACCAGAUGUAUGCCAAGCGGCACUUCUUGCUCCCCCCCAAGACGGUCAACGCGUUGAACGAGCGCGUCCUGGGGCUGGUCCGCUGCGAGACGCAAGCGGCCAUGCUGCGCAAGCUGUGCAACGGCGCGUUUCUGACAGAGGAGGAGCGGGCAAUUGUACGAUGGGGCAAAAAUGCCGCUCAGGACUCGAGCAGAAAGGCGAUACGCAGGGCUGGGGGGAAGGCCUACGGAGAAGCGACGGCUCUUGAAACCCUGAUUGGGUUCCUGUACCUAACAGACCCGUCCCGCCUAGACGCCUUGAUGACGCACAUUGGGUUCAGCUUCAACAGCUCCACGAUUGCGAAAGAGGAACUGGAGGGGAUCCCCACAGACGUGCCCAACGAAAACAGCCCAGGGGAACGUUUGGAGGCGGUUGGAGAGUCCAGGGAAGCGCCCGGACUAGACGAUUCGGACCGACUUAACGGGGUGAACGACGUUAAAGUUAAAGACGGGGUUGAAGAUGGGGUUAAAGCGGUCUCGCUCCUUUUAGAAGCAAUGCAAAACAUGGACAAUGAGCUCGGUGCUUCUCACCGAGGGACCUCCUAUGGGGAGGCGGGCCACCGCGAGGCGCCCGGGUCAGCUCCUCGGGGAAGCUCUCAAACUGCGGAGGGUUUUGCGAAAAUGGAGAGCGCUUCCUUCGCUGACGCCAUCGACAGACUCCCUUCAGCAGCCGCUGUCGGGAAGACAGCGAACACAACCGAAGUGAACGGGACUGUGCUUCGUAGGGGUUUAGCAGUCCCGGAAAGGGAACCGGGGGAAGAACGGGGAUCGUGGGAAGGACUGCGGACCCACGUGUCAGAAUGUGAGAUUCGCGGAAGCAGCCCCAGUCUCGGAAAAGCAGAGAGCUCCGGAAGGAGACCCGGUGGAUCCAGUGGUGGGUCGUUGUCUGGCGACGUGGCACUUUCACAAGCGAACAUGGUGCCUCCUGAACCGGAGGGAUCAGCCGGGGCGUUAACCGGGGCGUCAACCGGGGCGUCAACCGGGCGGUCGGGCAGUCUGGAGCAGUCCGAGACCGGCGCCCGGGCAUUGCCGCCGGAGUGCCCCCCGGAAGUGAAGGAGGUCUGGGAGAAGACGAAGCGGCUCCUUUGGCAAAAGUACCAAUUGCGACAGAAGCUGUCGCCGGAGGAUCGGGACUUCGUCAUGCAGGAGAUCCUGACGUAUCACCCGAACGCGACAGCGAAGAUCGGGUGCGGCGUCGAGGCCAUCACGGUGGACUUUUCCAUGCAGUCCCGCGCCAACCGGUGCUUCCACGUCAUCCGCAACGACGGUUCCCAGGAGGACUUUUCGUACCUCAAGUGCCUACGGGUGCGCCGAGGGAUCCUGUAGGACGCGCCGGAAGCCGCGCUGGCUUCGUUUUUGCGGAAGCGGGGAAAUUGCAGGCACGCUAAGUUACAUUUUGAUAGGGUCCAGCAGGAUGCGGUUUGAAUUGACACUACUUGAUAGCCGCGUGCCCAGGUCAAAAUUGUCAAGGACCAACAGGUGUCUACAGAGUUGGGCGUAUCUUGCAAACGGGAAUUGCAAGCAGAUCAUGAUGAAAGAUUUCUUAACAUAAACGUGGAGACAGAAGAGUCAUAGCAGGCUUCCAAACUUCCGGGCCUUUAUAUGUCGGAGCUCAUGCAGACGUGGGUGCGUAUCUGAGUCUACUAAUUAGCUUCAGAGCUUUCCGGAGUACCGAAGUCAAGAGUCCAGGAACUUGAAAGCGAAUGAACACUUUUCUGAGUCCGUGCGGGACGCGCACGGGCCUAAGCCACUAGCAGCCUCCGUUGCCAGCUUACUUGACCAUGAAUAACCUAACCUGGCCCGUUAGACCCAUCAAAUAUAACGUGCUUGACGUGUUCGCGUCGGGCGCGGCCAG